AUGACGAAACAACCACAGGUUGUCAGACCAAAGGGCCAAACAUACGCUGACCUGUACCGUCGUCGGUCCUUCUCGCUCCCACAACCAGUCAAGUCGCUCCCACAAACAAUCAUUUCGCUCCCACAACCAGUCAACUCGCUCCCACAACCAGCCAACUCGCUCCAAUGGUCAUCUCGCUUCCAUAAACAGUCAUUUCGCUCCCAUAGACAUCUCGCUCCCACAACCAGCCAACUCGCUCCCAUAAUGAGUCAUCUCGCUCCCACAACCAGUCAACUCGCUCCCACAACCAGCCAAAUCACUCCCACAACCAGUCAUCUCAUUCCCACAACCCACGUGUUGUCAUGCAGACGUAUAAUUUUCAUAAUACUGUUCUCUUUUUCGUUCUCUGUUAACAUCUCUCACUCUCUGUCUCUCCCCCUCUCUCUCUCUCUCUCUUUCUCUCUCUCUUUCUCUCUCUCUCGUUCCCUCUCUCUCUCUCUCUUGUUCUCUCUCUCUUCCUCUCUUAAUGGCUUUUAUUUAUUCAGUUUCUUUCUUGUGUUAGUAUUUUAUUUAUUCCUAAUUUUUCUUCCGAAUUUAAAUGUAUUUCUCUUUCAUUUAAUUUUCCUUCUUUUUUUUUUUUUUUUUGCCUUUUUCUUAACUUUAUUCUCUUCAGAAUUUCUUUCUCAUUCUGCCGACUACAUUUUCGCCUUCAUCUACCUCUCUUCUCUUCUCUUUCCCUCCUCCGCUUCUAACUCUCCCUCCUCCUCUCUUCUUUUCACUUUCUCUUCCUCCGCUCGUAACCCUUCAUUUACCUUUCUACCCUUCCCCCCUCCCGCUCCAAACAUUCUCUCUUCUUUUCAUUUCUCUCCCUUGGCUCCUAACCCUUCCUCUACCUCUCUUCUUUUCUCUUCCUAUCUCUCUCUCUCUCUCUCUCUCUCUCUCUCUCUCUCUCUGCACCUAACCCUUCAUCUACUUCUCUUCUCUUUCCCGCCUCCACUCUCCCUCCUCCUCUCUUCUUUUCACUUUCUCUCCCUCCGCUCCUAA